AUGGAAAACGAAGCGCUAAAAAAACAGGAAGCAGAAGAAAAUAAAAGAAUGUUAAUUUUACAUAAACAUUAUAGAGAAGGGCCAUUUGAAAACAGACUAAGAUUCGAGUGUGAAUUAGAAUUCGUCCAAUCGCUCAGCAACAUUGAUUACAUUAAGUAUCUGUACGAAAACAAAUAUUUUAGUGAUAAGAGGUUUUUAAAUUAUUUGAAGUAUUUAAAUUAUUGGAGAACCAAGCCGUAUGUUUUUUACAUCCAUUUUCCCAUUUGCCUGUACGUUUUGGAAAUAUUAAAUGAUGGUAAAAUUGAUGAAUAUUUUAGCAAGGACAGCUCAUUUAUCAAUUUCGUGUAUUACUUAAAAUUGCACUGGUUGUUUUUUAGUUACCAAAUAUAG